AUGGAUUUCGCUGCGAAUUUGCUGUCGCUGCGCGACUUCCCGCUGGUUUCGACGUGGCAGCAGUUGGCCAUGAAGACGAAGCAGGAGUUCGACGACUGGUUUGCUGAACGAGGACUGCUGUGGAAGGAUCGCCCGUGUCUAAACUGGGGGAAACCCGAGGAAGGUCACCAAGCAGUAAAGUGA